CGGCAGCAUGAUGCUGUCCGAUCAGGAUCCCAACGGCGGCGGCCGCAACUCCCGAGCCUCCAACGUCUCUGCCAUGAGCCGAACAUCAGGUAAACCCGCAUCGCGGGCACCCAGUGCAGACAUUCAACCUCUUGACCGCGCCGUCUCGUCCAUGCUCCGCACCGGGACCGAGAUGGGCAACGUUGGCAUCGGCCCUCAGUUCGACGACUUGUCUAACAUGAGCAACGCACAACGUUCGAUGCGUUCGCGCGCGACCAGCAGGAUGUCGCAAGCUUCCUCCAUGUCCAACACUUCCAGUCGGGGCAGCAAGCAGCACGUCCGUGCCUACCCCUCUUCCUCUUCUGCACCGCGCCAGCCAAUGCAACACCAUGGGCCCGUGUAUACUGCUGACACGCUAUCCCCAACGAUGAUGAACGCCACCGGAUCAUCGCCUUCCAACCGAAGAGACAACCGCGACAGGGACGCGCAUCGCUCGCACUCGAUGACGCAUACCAUACAACCCCCAGCGUACGGCCUCUCCAGCAACAGGUCUAAUCCCAGCUUGCGCCCUCGGCCAGCGUCCCGAUCUUUGAACCCAUACUAUGUACACCCCGCCGGAGGUGGUCACAGGCCGCCUGGUUCAUACCCACGACCGGUUCAGCCCGCACUGAGCGACGACAGCCGAGUACACUUGCGAGGGCCGCAAACCUACGACGGUCAGCGACUGCCCUAUGCUGGCCAGGCACAAGGCUAUGGCAACCCAGUAUACACACAUCAUACGUAUGGGCAGCAGCAUGCUGGACAAGGACAAGGCCAUCGAGGCUUGCAUAACCGACAAGGCCCCGGAAAAAUGAGGACCAGGAAUCCAUCCUCUCGGUCUACGAUGAGCCUUGAGGAUCCUCCUGUGGAAGACGACGACUUCCCUGUCUACCGCGAAGCCAAUCAUCCGGAUCAGUCCAUGCAGGUGCAGAACAUGGCUACCGGACAACCAAUGUCUCGCAAGAUGACAGGCAACUCCACCCGCGAGCCUCGUUCAGAAGAUCGAAGAGAGCGCAGGCGUCAGGAUGAAUAUCAGCCACCUUUACCAGCCGGCCACCAGCAACGGAUCGCUGCCGAACAAGCUCGUCUCAAGAGGUCUGCGCCUACUUCCAUGUCCAGUUUUAACACAAACUUGCGCACCGAAUCAGAGCCACCAUCGUCCGACAUGGCUCUGCCACCAACUCCAAAAGAUGGUAGCUCCAUGGAAGUGCACCGAAACCUAGAUAGAAACAGGGUCUUUAAAGCCACCAACACGAACCGCCUUGUGAUUCAGGGAGAGCUUUCUUCAGUACCAUACUACGACACGAGUGGCCAGCUCGGACCUGUAGAGACUGCGGAUCCACGGACGGAGGCUGAUCCAGUCGGCUUCAUAGACCGAAGGAUAGCCACUGUCGAACAGUUUCGUCCGGCUGGGGCGGCAUUGAAGAGUGAGCCUUUUUUAGAACAAGAGGCACGAUCAAUGUCGAUGGAGGUCGUGUCUCCCCAGCUAAACAACAUCGCAUCCAUUACCGUGAGCUAUUGCGAGAAGACUUCGAGGACGAGCUCGAGCGCGAGUGCCAAGCCCAGAAGCAAGUGCGAAAGCGAUAUUGCGGAGCUCCCAGCGUCCCCCGUAGUUCGCCGCAUCACCAGGAAUUUGAUCCUAAGAGGUCUGGAGGCUUCAACGACGGGCGAUAUCCAGUCCUCAAUGGAGUUAACCAAUGAGGUCACUCAUUCUUGUGAUAUACCUGUUAAGAAGUAUUCUGUAUCUGAUAUACCUCUUGGAGUCGCAUUGCAUCCGGCAGACCGUGGAGAGAACCGCCACAGUAUCUUAUCGCAGACUGGAUCUAGCAUCCUCGACUCGUCCACUCUUGAAUUCGCGGUCCAGCAUUACAUACCAACGGCCAAUAGCGGUGGCUUCCAGAACGAGCCAGGUAUCAAAGUUCAUGCUACCACAAACACGUCUGUCAGUCCUGGCAAUAGUACCGGGGAUGGUAUGUCGGAUGUUCUUGCAGGGUAUCAGGGAUCUGAUUACAAGAACGAGACCGACGCUUUGGUACGAGUCGAGACGGCUAACGAGAGCAGGCAUGAGGAGCACAUAGAUGCUUCAACAGACCAUGACAUGAAGCCGCUGCCUCUUGCCCUUCGAUCCAGAGGUAGUCAUGCACAAGGGUCGUCCGAUGAGCUGUCUUUCAAGUCUUGUACCGAUCUGCCAGAUGUAUCUUCGGAAUCGAUACUAUCCGAGCCAGGAAAAGACCUCAUCAAAGAUUCUUCCACAUCCGUCAUUGACUUUGUGCCGCAGCGAGAUGCGUCAUCAAAGGAAGCAGAUACCCACUCUUUUGCGACUGAUGUGCACCCUAUUCGUGCUAGUUUCGCACCUCCGCCUCGACUCCAAUCGUCCAACCUAGGAACGGUGGUCUUGAACCAGGGCAGGCUGAUUGUGGAGGCACCCUUUUCCAAGCCCUCUUCUGCUAUACUUCGCAAACAGCCUCCUAUACCGCGUCGAGAAUCAAGCUUUUCUAUCGUAGCGAACAAACUGCGGACCAGCUCAAAGCAGAGCAUGAAGCAAGGCUCGAUAUCGGUAUCUGGUUCGUCAUCCACGCUGGGCACUACGUACCAGGGACCGGUAGUACCACCCCGAGAGUCAAGCACUUCCAAGGAGGCCCAACAUGUGCACGCCGCGGUCUCGUUCUUGAUGCGUCCACUACCAUUGCGCUUUGCCAGGUCACGGAAGUAUACUGACAAAGAAGAGCUACCGAAGUCAGAUGAGACGGUUCCAUCUGCCUCUAAUUCGAGUCAAGACACAGACGGCGUUAUUAGUCUCGAUGAGAUGACCAGCUCACCACCGCCCGCCAUGGAGGUAAAGCGGACGCCGCGAGCACCGUCGACCAAACCAAAAGGUGUACCUGCUGCGAAGACACGAGCUAUCAGUUUCGACACUCGGAAAGCUUGCAACCCAUCCAAGGUGCUCGGUAGUAGCCCGGCUCCUGUUGCGCAACCAAUCGACAGCCUGGUUCCUGCGAUUUUGGAGCCCUCCUCUGUGUACUCGAUCCACGACACCUCCUCAGGCUCAUGUGAAGACUCCGUAGAUGGACUUCCGGUAGCCCAGGAGCCUAGCCAUCGCGACAGCCAGACUACGACACACCUUGAUUGGCAUGGAUAUAGGCCUUCCUCUCACGGUGGUGGACUCCAGCAGGUGUCGCUACGUCCUCUGAGUGGUGCUGGAAACCAUUUGAAUUCUUUGGGCUCGGGUCCUUUGUCCAACAUCCAAGAAAACACUACGACGGACCUCAGACUAUCCGGAUAUAGGUAUCCUGGCCCUGCGCGUUAUCUGCCUGACCUGAAGGAGGAAUCGCAUGAGGACUCGAGCCUCAACACGAGUGCCAGCAAUUUGAAGAGCUCGAGUUUUCGCUUUCCGUUCGGCGCGCCGUCGAGGGUCAGGGCUUCGGGAGAGGAACCGAUCAACUUCUCGGGAAGGUCGUCUACAGCGUCGCAUUGUCGGAGUGCUGUUGGUAGCAACGUGGACAGCGCGCUCGGACAAGCACACGGUUUGCCUUCGAUGCGGUUUAGUCGGAUGAAUCUAUUUGAUGGUCUGAUUGAGGACCUUGGCCUUCGCUACUCAAGGUCAAUGGAGGAGGUGCCCAAUGCGUCGCAGAGGUUGAGCAGAGGUAGUCCGCGGCCUGCAUCAGCCGGUGAUGUCACAGAUCUGCGCCUUUCUCUCGCCGAGUUGAAUGAAGCGGAGCGCUCAGGGUUGUCAAUGCAGCCUACCGCCAUGAUGAACUUGUUCGCGAUGCACCGUGCUCGUUCACCAGAGCUCAUGGCAGAGAUUGAGCGUCUGACUAUACCUUCUGUAGGGGGGCUUACCCAGCGCCUCUCAGAGUUCUUCCCGUCGUUGAAGGAAUACUACAAGUGCGGUGAGCCAGCCGAGUUUCCCAUUGAGGAGGAGAUGGAGAAGCACGCAUUGGAGGAGAUUCAUGAGAUCCAUCCGACGCAGAAGCGCUCUUCCGCUCGACUUCGCCCCAUGCGUGGCGUCUCGCACAUGGUUGUUAUCGAGGACGAUCUGUAUGAUGAGCUCACAAGCAAGGAGUGGGGGUGUGGCAGUCCAGGCGGUCCCGACGAUGGAGUUGCUGUGAACGGCGUUAGCGAGGCAGACUCAAAUACAGGCAGGCCCCCCAAGGACGACGACGCACCGAGCACACCAACACACCACAAGACGAAUCCGCUCCCAGAGCUGCGAGUCCCAUCACCAGCUGUUCUCCGUCCACGCUCACACACCGUCGGCCCCCAAGAGCUUCGCAUCUCGGGGGAGUCCGCUCUUUCCUCAAGAAGGUCUCUGAGGUCGUUUGUUUCUAUGCCCACAGUAACUGAGACGCGUCCCUGGAAUUCAGACAAGAAUUAUCCCUGGGCGACGUCGACAAACCCCGCUAUUGACAUCUCCCUUCCUCGUCCAGCUGCUGCGAGACACUCUCCUCACCCAGGCCCUUCCCACCUCCGCAACAGACUCUCUGACGCGUCUACUACAAGCUCCUUCUCGACAGCACAGACAGCCACAGCUUCCCCGUUCGGGUCACCGGCCGAUAGCACCGCACACGCGCGUCAUCACCGCUUCAGCACCUUUGGCCGCAACAGCGACCAGCCACACGCAGUCGGAGAACGCUACCCCACCUCUGCCUUAUCCCCCCCUACAGCUAUCUUCCGCGACCACCUGUCAGCCUCUGACACUUCUGACGACGAGCACUACGACACCACACGCAAGACUAGGCUCUCGCUCCGCAAGCGCUUUUCAUCAACUCGCAAAGCUACGCUUGACAGCCAAACAAACACUCGAGCUGGUCGAAGCAAGACCAACGCACAAGACCUCGCCUCGCCCGAGUCGACCAAGCAGUCAACAACCUCACUCCUCCAAGAUCGUGCUGCCGAAGCUCAAGCAUUCACGUCAUUCACUACCGCAAACCGCCAUACCUUCCGUGACGCGGAGGGCAUGAGAGCAGUUGACUACCGCAAACACCGCAUCAUCGACUGCCUCAAGACCUGGUGGCACAAGGGCUCGCACCUGAUCCGUCAACUAUCAAAACGAAAGCACCAAACUAGCACGAGUGCCUCAACCGUCUAGCCAUCAUGUCUGAGAUCCCCCACCGAGUCCUCUUCGUCCUCGGACCGAACGGCACUAUCGAGCGUCGCGUGUUCCCCUUGGUUCCUCCCGCAAACCCCCCUACCUCGCCUCCUCCCCCCACCAACACGCCUGUCAACGGCAACGGCAACCGCACCGGUUAAGAGAAUUUGGUAGUUCUUCAUGGUUUCUCUUCACUUUUCACUCUUCUAUGAUACAUGUACUAUACUAUGGGAAGGAUUCACGGAGAUAUGGCAAACUGUCAUCAAAGUUCAUAGCUAGCUGACUAGCACAAGAUAGUAAAAAUGGUUCUAUA